AUGAACGCAUAUUCAACGUCAGUCACCAGUGAUAACAUAAGUCGACACGACAUGCUGGCAUGGAUCCAUGGGUCCCUGCAGUUGAACCUGACAAAGAUGGAACCAUCGUGCUCAGGGGCUGCCUAUGGUCAGUUUAUGGGCAUGCUGUUCCCUGGCUCCACUGCCUUGAAGAAAGUGACAUUUCAAGCUAAGCUAGAACAUGAAUACAUCCAGAACUUCAAAAUACUACAAGCAGGUUUGAAGAGGAUGGGUGUUGACAAAAUAAUUCCUGUGGACAGAUUAGUAAAAGGAAAGUUUCAGGACAAUUUUGAAUUUGUUCAGUGGUUCAAGAAGUUUUGUGAUGCAAACUAUGAUGGAAAAGAGUACGACCCUGUAGCUGCCAGACAAGGUCAAGAAUCUGCAGUGGCUCCCUCCCUCGUUGCUCCAGCUCUGAACAAACCGAAGAAACCUCUCAGCUCCAGCAGUGCAGCUCCACAGAGACCCACUGCGACCAGAACUCCUGCAGCCCCUGAGGCUGGCCCAGGUGUGGCGCGAAAGGAUCGUGGUGUGGGCGAUGGGGAUGACGAAGUAGCCGAACUGAUGCAGCAGCUCGAGGUAUUGAAACUUACAGUUGAAGACUUUGAGAAAGAAAGAGAUUUCUACUUUGGAAAGCUAAGGAACGUUGAAUUGAUUUGCCAGGAGAAUGAGGGGGAAAACAACCCUGUGUUGCAGAGGACUGUGGACAUUCUCUGUGCCACAGAUGAAGGCUUUGUGAUACCUGAUGAAGAAGGCCCACCGGAGGAACGAGAAGAGUAUUAA